CUUAAUGCAGGUUAAAUAAUUGUCUACAACAUAAUCAAUGACUUUUGAUAGUUUUAGUGGCGUUAGUAAGUGCAAACGUGCAAAAUGGCUUACCUACUAAAGACUAUGUAUGACGGCUACUUUUAUAUUUUAAAUGAAAAAUCAGAUCCUAGAGCGAACGAUUAUUUCCUUCUUCAAUCCCCUAUACCAACAGCAAUAGUGCUCUUUCUAUGGUAUAAAUUCGUAUUUAAAUGGGGUCCAGCACUCAUGGAGAAGCGUCCGCCAUACAAUCUAAAACGUAUAAUGAUUAUUUACAACAUUAUUCAAAUUUUAGCUAACUCUUUUAUAGUCUUAAACUGCCUUAGAGCCAUCCAUUUUAUAAGCUGGACAUGUAACCCUAUAGACUACUCAGAAAGCUACUGGGGAAGACAAUUUUUGCAAUAUUGUUAUAUAUAUUAUCUUUUAAAAAUGGCUGACCUCAUUGACACAGUGUUUUUUGUUUUAAGGAAGAAACAGACCCAUAUUAGUUUCUUGCAUACCUACCACCAUUUCGGUAUGGUUAUGACAGGGUGGUAUGGUGCAAAAUUUGUAGGUGGUGGCCACUCGUAUUUUCUAGGCUUUGCCAACUGUAUUGUACAUACUAUUUUGUAUAGCUAUUAUUUAUUAACGGCCCUUGAUAGUAAAUAUGGAAAAAUAUUGUGGUUGAAGAAGUUUAUUACCCAAGCGCAACUGUUUCAGUUUGUCUUCUUAUUUUACAUGUACGUUCAGCUUUUAUGGGUAGAUUGCGACUACCCCAAAGGAAUACUGUUUCUGUUUGUUCCUCAAAACCUGUUCAUGAUUGUGCUGUUUAGUGAUUUUUACGUUAGAACAUACAUUUUGGCCCCACGAAAAAAAAGGAAGUUGCAAGAAGAAGCUGAAAGAAUGAAAGACGAGAGGGAAAAGGAAGAAAUAAAACAGGCAGAGAUGAAAUAAUUAUUCGUUGUAAAAUCAAUAUUUUGUAAAUAUAUUUUCUUUACUUAUA